AUCCUGAAAUCGUUACAAAACAAGUUGAACUUACAAAUUAAACUUAUUGCGUUUACAGUUAAAUUCCUAUCAUUCGGAUACAUCGACUAUCGGAAAGUGUAUUUUGCAAAGUCAGCUGUGAAUUAAACAAAAAAAAAAUGCACAAAGCAGUGCAAUUCUUUUGUUGGUGCUAAGCAAAAAUGCCUUACAAAGCCCCCAUGAAGUUGGUGACAUGCCCAUUCAACAAGUGUCACAUCUUCAGCCAGGACAGGCUGCAGCCUCACAUCAUCAAGUGCGAGAGGAAAUAUCCGAAUCACUUCAUCUGUCCAUUCUAUAACCUGCACAGGUUCAUGGAUGAGAAAGAUUACAAGGAGCACGUGCUGCAAUGCGACAAGAAGAAGCUGAUCGAACCGUGGCUGUACACGAAGGUCACAAGGAACCCUGUGCAGCUCGACAUUCCAGACAAUUUCCAUCAUACGGGAAACUGGGAGGACUAAGAUUAUUAGAAUAAUAAGUUUAUGAACAAUUGAUUAAAUUGAUUUGAGUCAAA